GCAGCCGCAGCCGAGAGCGCACAGGCCCCAGCGCCCCGCCGAAGCGUCCAAACCGCACCGUAAGUUCCUGGGGCUGCCGGGGCCCUUCUCCUCUGUUCCCACGGGGCGCCGACCUGUGGGUGCCGGGCCUGGGGGCUGCCGAGUGCCCCGAGACCCUCGCACUUUCCUCGCGCCAGGAUCCCAACCGUCAGCGGAACACGGCGCGCUCCGACUCCGGCUGAGUCCGUCAGAAACCGGGGGAACCGACCCGCCUCGGCGCCCCGCAUGGGCAGUUACCUGGGCAGGCCGGGGUCCCAGCCGUCGUCUCCCGCGCAGGCGCGCACGGACUCGACCGAGAGGCCGCGGAACCGCCGGCCGGCUCAGCCCCUUCGUCAAGUCCACCGGCUUCCGGCCGUCCACCGCGCCCACCCGGCCCUGCGGCACCGACCUGCGAGGAGGCAGCCAAAACGGGAUCCUGCCAGUCCCAUCGCGUGGGCGGUCCAUGAGGCUUGGAGGCGCUUUCCCAUGGAGAGGUCCCAGAAUUCCAUCGUGGGGCCUCUUCCCUCAGACUGGUGGGACAGUUACCUCCAGCGGACUCUCUGGUCUCUUCGGCACCCCAGGGCAGCAGGGAGCCCGGUGACCAUCAAGAUAGCUCCUCCUGAGCCGAGAGCGCUUCCCACUACUUCUCCCGCAGAGGACAUGGACUCUGCAGAGUCUUCACCCUCUCAGAAGCCCCCAGACCCGUGUGCAAAGGAGACGGUGCUGAGGGCCCUCGGAGAGUGCCAGAAAGGGAGAGUGAGGUUUGAUGAGCCACUGUUUCCCGAGGACUCACACAGUGAAAUCAGGAGUCCAGACACCAGAGCAUCCGCCUUUAGGCCCCUGGUGAAACACGGAGCUCUCACUUCUUUUGUGCCCAGGCCUGGGCCUCUGAAGAGAAACCUCAAGCCCUGGAGUUCGGAUCGUAGCUUGACGGAGAGGCCCAGUUGCUCCUACCUGAGCUCCUUGGCCAGCACACACACAGGUGGCCUGCUCGGCUCCAGAAGAAAUGCGAUCGCAAGUUCUUACAGUUCUGCGAGAACUUUCUCUGAGCUCUGGAAGAGAAAUGUUUCCAGAGUGUCCCUACAGACACCAGAAUGGCCAGUAAAAAAGGCAGAAAAGGGUCAUCGGUCUCACUCUCCAGUCUCACUGGAAUCAGACGGGUCCCCAGAAGCAUCUGGCAGCUCUGGGCUGCUCUCUAGUCCUGGGGACCUGCUGGCACCGACCCCACCUCCCCAGCUUCGUGAUGCAGACCCUGGAGAGGAACUGGCGUUAGGGGAGAAAGGUGAACUCCAGGGGAGCAAUAAAGCCGGAGAGCAGACAACCGAUCUCACCACAGACUCUGUCCCUGAGACGUGCUCUGCUCUUCAGCCUUCCCUGCCUCUCGCCCUGCCUUCUGCAGGCCCUGCUCCAACCCAGAACCCAAAUCCACAGCUGGAGAGCCUCACAGAAAUGCGGGAGUCUCCCCUGGCCCUCCCACCAGCCACGGGAGAGGCAGUCUCCCUGAAGGAGGGCGGCCCGCUGUCGUCCCAGGGCUGCUCACGGUCAGAGCCCCUUUCAGGCACCUCUUCAGACUCCAGACCCAUGUCAGCUUUCAUCCUUCUGACCUCUGUUGCUCCCACAUCACCGGCGACUGAUGCCACAUGGCCCCCUCCAUCCUCUCAGGCCGAGGGGACUGCUGGCGGCCCUGUGGUGCUCCCGGGGCUGAGUCCUCUGUCCGGAAUGAGCAGCCCAGCGCCCCAUCUUCCUGCCUCUGCACCUCCUGAAGCCACAGCUUCUGCGGACCCCACGUCAAGCCCCAUGUUGGGGCUCCCACCCAAGAGGGAGAUUGGAGUCUCUUCAUAUUCCACAACUUCAGUGGCCACUACAACAUCUUCAAGCAUCCUGACUCCCCUGCCCACGAUCGCUCCUUUCUCUUUCGAGCAGACCUCUCCUGCUUCAACCCACCUCCUCCAUGGCCCAGUCAAGGCUCUCUCUGGCAUCAUGGCCACCCCCCCCAAAGACCGUUCUUUCGUGCCACCAUUGGAUUUGGCCAUUGUGAAUGUUACCGGUACCCCCGGCAGCACUUACUCCACCCCUUCGACCAGCCACUCCUUCCUUCUUGGGGCUACCUGUGCCUUCAGGGCCAGCUUCACCCCGACCACAAGCUUCAUCUUCCCAGCACACCCGCGUACUACUGUUCCUACCGUGCACACGGUCACCAUCUUUAGCCAGGUUCUUUCCAGCGCUGUGCAGAUAUCGCCUAGUAAAAGCACUGCCAGCUUGCAGGGUGUGGGCUGUCCUAUGUCAGCCUCAGCCCUGGUAGCUUCGCCCCAACCCUCAUUACCAUCCAGCAUCUCCGCUCCCAUAUCCACACUCGGGUAUCCCUCAGGGGCUGGCUCAGGGCCACUCUUCCCGUUCUCCCCAGGAGCCACUCUCCAGCAGGCAUUGGGGGCUACAGGUGGGCAGAAGCAAGGGGCCCAACCAGCCCUUGGCCCAAGCCUCAGUAGCCCUUUCAUUUUUGGAAACUCAGCUGCGGCCUUCCCCACCCCAACCCCCGCUCCGGCUCAGCUGGCCUUAAGCAGUAAUGCGAAGUCACCCUCUGGGGGUUUGUCUGCCUUGGCCUCCGCCUGUCCCCUCCCUGCCGGCAUCUGGCCGAACUUUGGCAGCACUGCGGCAGGGGUUCCCUCUGGCCAAGUAAGUAAGACUGGUUUGGGGGUUGUGGCCCAGACGCACCAGAAUGUGGCCUGUGGCUCUGUGUUUGGCAGCACAGCCCCACCCCCUUUUGCUUUUGGGGGAUUAGUGACCCCUAUGGACUGUGGGGACUCUGGGGUCAGUGGGCCUGGCCCGGACAGGAGCUCCAAUCCUGGGACGUUCAGCACCGGAGGAGUGCCAAGUGGGACCCGUGGCGCCAUCUCACCUUUUGGAAAGGGCUGGAGCCAGAACAGUCCAGGCCUGACCAACCAGAGGCCACCUUUUGUCUUGGGGAGGGCCAGCAUUUCUGCAGGAAAAUCUAUGUUUGGGGGCCCCUGCGUGGCCCCCUUUGCUCAGAGCACCCCUGUCCCUGGGCCAGUAACAACAAGCAGCAGCUUCAACUUUGGGAUGACCUCUCCACCUGCCCAGGGUUGUGCCGGGAGAGGAACUUUCAGAUCACCAGCCUCUUCAUUUUCCAUUGGUGCAAAAUCAAAAACCCCAAAGAACCGGGACCAAGGGCAUUCCCGAAGGCAUGCCCACAGGAAAUAGCCUGUGUCCCCCUCCCCUGAUCUGGACUUCAGGAUUGUGAAGAGCCUUGUGGGUCUUCCAAUUCUCUACAGCAAACGACUCCCAGAUCUCAGGCUAGAACUUUACAUAUUCACCGUGUGGGUCCCAAUCUGCAACCUUAGAAGAAGGUGAAGAGCCAAGGUAUCUAGCAGUAACGGCAGAAUGAAACCGAGUGGGACCGAACCUUCGCAACUAAAGAACUGUCCCUUCUCGCCCAUUCCUCUCUCUGUCGGGGUGAGAGUGGUCAGGACACCGCCCCGCCUUUCUCCUCGGGAACAGACAUGCCAGGAAGGCAGCAAGUACAGCCCGCACUCUUGCAUCUUUCGGGGGGAGGAACAGAUUCUCUCUAAAACUUAGCCUGCUCUCGUCUGGCCGGAAGAACUCAUUCCCUUUCUCGUCCCACAGGGGUGCGCCCCCUCAUCUCUCACUGCUUUUUCUUCAGUGAGCGCUUGGAGGAGCUUUGGAUGUAAUUUGACCUUGACUUGAAUUCGAUGAAAUCUGGUGUAAUUGUCCCUGACGGAUCAACCCUUGAGGGCUGCACUUGCUGUCACUUCCUCCCACCGAAGCGGUUUUAAUCUUUUCCUGGGAGAGGUGGUGCUCUGGCCCCUUCCUUUCCCUGCCAGUUUAGCUCCUCACAGACGGGAAAGUCCCGUCUGUCAGAUCCCAGAGGUCACUCUGUGUUCCAGAAAAGGGAAGCUCUCGGCCAGUGUCCCUCCAGGCUUGGAGCAAGGCUCCUGGCCUUCUGCUGUCCACUCUCCAGUGUGUCUGUGAGACUUGCUCUCAUCACUUUGUCAACACAACUGUGCCUUUUGUACUUUGAGCUGAGUCUGGAGGAGGAAUGGCUUGGAGGAGUGAUGUUACUCCCAGAGAGCAGAGCCCCUGUGAGAAGUUUCUGGGGCUGGGCUGAUUGUCUAGGGCUAGCUAGACCACUUAAUGGCUGCAAAUAUUGAUUCCUGACCUCACAACAAGGUUUUGACUUCAAGGGUGGACUCCUCAAGAAGUAAUAGGGCCUGGAGAGGGAAGGACAUGUUCUUCUCUCUACAUUAUAGUCAUGAUCCUACAGUAUGAGCCAGAAAGGCCCAAUUAGGGAGCCAAAGUUUACACUUCAUGUUUUCUUUGAAUCUGUACCUCCACAUUCACAUCUCUCCCAGAGAGGACAGGCAGGGCAGGAAGCCUCUUAGACCUGAGAACAUGGGAGAAAGGGAGACAUGUCAGCAGACAUCUGCUCUGGAACCAACAGGAAGUCUGUAAGUGAACUGUGACAUAUUCCUUAGCAUUUCCUAGUGUGGGGGGAGGCAAGAAUGACUCCCUGAACACAUCUAUCUCCUGUUUUAUGGAUAUCUUGGAAGAGGUCCAAUUGGAACAACAAGCAAUCUUCUAUUGGUUGAUAAAAUAAAAAUAAAUGUUGAA